UUCGUCGUUCCUGAGCCUGGUCUAGUUGUCCGCCAGCGCGGUGGCGGAAAUGGCAACGGAAAUGGUGGUGGUGGUGGUGGUGGUGGUGGUGGUGGAGGCGGAGGAGGCGGCGGCGGAGGUAAUGGUGGCAGUGAUCCACAGAGCUCCCUGAGUAUGUUCUUUGUACUCUUUUUUGCUCGAUGUAUUCAUUUGUAUCUCUUCAGCUCUUGACCCCGCGGUCAUCGCGACGGGCUCAUCGAAUAACUUCAUCAAUUUCUGCUUGACGAACCCCAACGAGCCGAUCACCAAUGGCCAGCAGAUUGCUGGUGGGUCAUGCAACCCCGCACCUAUGGGUUCCAUCCCCUCCACGGCGAACAUGCCCUCCGCCAAGUUCACCAAUCCGAAGAAUCUCGACGUUAUCCCGCCGAACCAGGCGUUCACUGUCUCUCUCGCCAUUCAAGGCAUGGAGACAGGGCAUUUUACCAAUGCUCAACAAACCUACUUUUCCGCACCUCAGCAGUUAAACGGACAAGGGCAGAUCCAGGGACACUCCCACAUCGUCAUUGAGCAACUGGACUCGCUCACACAGACGACGCCGACCGACCCCACCAAGUUCUCAUUCUUCAAGGGCCUGAACGACCCGGCUAAUAAUGGCAUCCUCACUGCGGACGUGACCAAUGGUCUUCCUGAAGGGACAUAUAAGAUUUCGACGAUCAACAGUGCUGCAAAUCACCAGCCGGUCUUGGUGCCUAUUGCACAGCACGGAUCUCUUGAUGAUGCAGUCUACUUUACUGUCAGUAAUAACGCUAAUGCCAACCCCAGCGGUGCUGCCGCCGGUGCUGGAGGUGGUUCUGCAGCAUCCUCGACUGUGGGAAGCUCUGCUGCUUCACCCACUGACGCCUCCGGUCAAGGUAAUGGAGGUGGAGGUGGAGGCAAUGGAGGAGGUGGAGGCAAUGGAGGGGGCGGAGGUAACGGAGGGGGUGGAGGUGGAGGGCAAGGAGGUAGGGGGCAGGGAGGUAAUGGCAGGGGAGGAGGGGGCAAUCGUCGCCACUUCCUUUCUCGCAACAGCAUGCAUUAGAUCAUGGUCACUUAAUAGGUCCGCGCACGAUGGAAGCGCCAGGAUCUGGUGCCCUGUGAGCUUGCAUUCAUUUGGUUUUUUUUUAAAAGCUCCUUGCCAAGUUAUUUUUUUCUGCUGUACACGAGUGCGGUGUUCCUUGUACUGAAGUAGUUGGUCUCGCUAGAUCACAGAUGUCGAGAUUAUUACCAUCAAUCAGAUGCAGUGUCAAG